GCCUCAUUCUCCAUGACGCUGCCAGAGAGAAAGCAUCGUGUGGUGAAGUUAAUCACAUCUCCCCCUUUUCAGGUACAACGUUUCGGUAUAAAGUCAAUGGCGAUUGCUGAAUGCUUUUCGCUUUGUUCUGUAUAAGGGUUACCUGUUUUAAAAGCAUCACUGACAGAGUUAGCUGCUCCAUGUGCUCAGUGUGGUCACCCUAGUGGCCGCACCCCACAAGCUGGUCGAGAAGGCACUGAACCAGCACCAUAUCCCAGGGACCUCAUCCUGGACCAUUACAACAGAUACAGUUCGAGUCUCUGCCGGAUCCAGAAACUGUGGCACAAGCUCGAGAAGGGAAUCACCACUGGACGAACCAUUUCCGGGAUCGAUUUUUGCCAUGCUCAGCUACUCUAAACUAUUUUGUCCCAGUCUGCAUCCUGUAGAAUGAUGACGGCUUUCCCAGCGAUCUGAUUGGUCAGUAAUUGGAUGGUGACUGGCUUUGAUCUCUCCAACGUCACGUGCUCUGGAGCAGCUGACGUUCAGCACGGGGUUGUCAUUUACCCCGGUAAGAAGAGAACCAGCAUUUUAGGGUCGGAAACAGAGUUAAACCGGAAGUUACCUCGAAUAACCACAAAUUCUGCUUCUUAGUACAAGCUCAGGUCCAAUAAGUAGGACAGGUAGCUGAGCAUUGACUUGCGACUUCUUGGAUGCUGCAGCUCACCUCAGCCCAGAUCUCUGUGAGAUGGUGUCUUCAGCUCAAGAAAACCUGCUAACCUGUCGCUCCAAAUGAAAUCUAGGAGAAAACCGUUGGCAGCUGCACCUGUGUUGUUGAUAUUUUUGAUCAACGUCUUCAGUGGGAACACUCUGACCUGUCACCCAGGGACAGAGUAUCAAAUAAGGGAUAAAUGCUGUCCUCUGUGUCCGCCUGGAAAAAGUGUGAUUAAGGACUGCACAGAGCUCAGGAGCACUUCCUGUUUGCCCUGUGUGAACGGGACCUCCUUCACGACUCAUCCCAAUGGACUUAGAGAGUGUUUUCCCUGUGCCAGCUGCAGUUCAGGUUCUGGACUGAAAAUCAGUUUGUGCACAACAACAUCGGAUACAGUUUGUGAACCUCUGGAAGGAUUCUACUGUACAGACCAGACAGGGAGCCGCUGUGUGGGAGCACAGAGACACAAAAGAUGUAAACCAGGACAGUACAUCAGACAUAAAGGAACAGCCCUCACAGACACUGAGUGCUCUGACUGCAGUGAUGGGACUUUUUCAAAUGGGAAAUCUACAUCUUGUCAACCACACACACAAUGUGAAUCAUUGGACCUUCAGCUAAUAAAACCAGGAACUGUGUCGACUGAUGCUGAAUGUGGAAAAGACGGUUUAAAAGCGACAACAAGUGUGGUCGUUAUUGUGCUUUUUUUAUUAUUUUGUGUGUUUUGACCUGUAGUUUACUUUUUCUGGAAGAAAAAAGAUGUCUACCAGGUAGGAUCUGAGUGUUGUCAAAGAAAGUUUUCUCAGGUGACGACGUCAUUGAUCAGGAAGUUUACCAUUGGUUUUGUAGUUGUUAAAGGCAAAAAAAGAAGAAAUCGAGCCAUUCUCACAGGAAUUUCUGUUACUCUUCUUUACACACUGUAUCUUCUAUGUGUGUGUGCACUGUGGUGGAGGACAAUACUUGGUUCAUCUAAAGCCUUGUUCAUACUACACAAUUUUAUAGUUGUUGACAACUUUUGCAACUCGCCGACAAAAGCCCCUGAUGGGAUCAAUCAGCAAUCACUGUGUGAACUGUCAUUUAUGUGUAUGUGUAUUUGGAGAGCUGUGUCAGUAUCUAAACCUGUGUGGGUUUAAAAUCAUAUUUGUAAGAUUCUGCUAACGUGUACUGAGAUAUGCGAAUGCAUACAGGAAUAAAACUGCUGCUCUGUGCUACAAGCUGGCCACAGCUCAUCAUCUCACUCAGAUGUUGCUGCAUGGCUGAGAAUAAAGUGGUCAGGAACAUGAAACUUGGAGCACAAUGACUUGAGCGACAUGAAGGUCCUGCUGAUACGGAGUCACAGUGCACAUGCCUGAGACUACUGAUCUUUUGUGGUGGCAGAGAGCGCUCACAGCUGGAUAUGAACAUCAGGCUGAGACGACUGUAUCAGUCAUAAAUAAGGACAAAGAGCUGGAACAGCGGCCUAAUGGGACGGCAUGAUGGGACUGCAUGAUGGGACAGAUCGGUACCCUCAGCGGAUGAGUUGGGAAUAUGCUCCUCACUUUUUAUCAUGUUUUACACAACAUUUUCUUCACAAUGGACAAUGAAUUAUAGUAUAUUUACUUUGCAAUUGUUUUUCACUGUUUGGGAGCUAUGGCUCACUGACAGGAACAAUUUUCUUAUGUCGAUGUAGGCCGUCUGUUGUGUCCCACUAAUUCAUCAGAAUAUAAUGAUCCCAGUAGAUGAUUCAAACAUUGACGACAGAAUGUGUUCCAGUGUUUGAGAAGCUGUGCAGGUCCUCAACAUCAACAAUAUGGAAGCAUUCUUUGCACUUUUAUUUUGAAAGUACAGGGGCAACAGCUAGGGGUUCCAAUGGAAUUCACAUAGACAACUUGACAGAUGUGUUGUUCAUCCCAGGACCCUAACACACAACAGAUGUAUCUUUUUAAACAGCACAAUGUAACAGGGGAACAUUGUCAGUACGGACGGUGCAGACAAGCUGGAUAAAGACAAUAUGCCUCCUCAGGGUCUUGGUAUGUUAAUGUGUUAAUUGUCAAAAACAUAUUAUUAUCCACCAACUUUAGAGAAAUGUUCGGGAAGAUUUAAAGAGAUCAACUGAGGAGAAUACUACAAUAUGGAAGCAUUCUUUGCACUUUUAUUUUGAAAGACAAUCUUUCAACUCAGGACAGAUGGUCUUGUGAAAGAUAUGUUGAUAUGCUGGGUGUAUACGAUUCAGAGUAUGGAAAAGAACAAACUACAACGACUCUAAACAGUCUAUUAUUUGGACAUAGUAUUCUUUAUCGAACAUUAAUUAGCGUCAUUAUAAAAAACCUGCAGUGAAAGUCCAAAGGAUAACGCUUCAUUCACGCACAACUUUUUAGCAUCAUGCGACCCGUUCAGCCUUACUGCAACACACAUGUCCGUCUACCUGUCACAGUAACUCUUGAUGAGCUCAUGCCCUGCACAAGUUGAAUGACGUAACUGUCCUUCUGGUUCGCUUAAUUACCGGGGAUUUUGCACAGGUCUGGUGUAAUAAUAGACGGGACCAAAUCCAAAACUACUAUGUCAAAUGUUUGAAUUGGUGAAUAGCCAAUUGUGUGUCAAGUAUGCUUUGAUGUAACUCCAGUCUCCUGUGGGUGAAUAUGUUUGUGUGAGUGUGUGAUACCCUGUGCUCUGUCCCCGGUGUGUGUAGCAGGUGUGACAGGAGGAACAGCUCCCGUCUCCAUGUUGCUGCUGUGUUAGUAGCAUACUUCACUCAUUGUGAACCGUGUUGAACUGUUGGUUUGUUGUUGCCAUUUCAUCUUAAAGGGCCCAUAUUGUCAAA